AGCAUGUGCAUGUGUGUGUGUGUGGCUAAAAUGUGCUUUUCAAAGUGCUGAGAGGUUGAUGGGAAUGUUUGAUUAGCUCCUCUGAGAAAAGAGAAAAGUUGCUUGGACCUCUUCUUGUUUCUUCUUUAGAAUAAUUUGGAUGGGAUUUGUGAUGCAGAAAAGCUUAAGGAAAAAAGGAUAUUCAUUCUGUGUGGUGGAAAAUUUUUGAAAAAAAAAUUGCUCUCUUCAAACAAGGGUGCCAUUUUGAUGUUUAUGGGGAUUGUUGUCCUCACUAUGAAGGCAUCUGUUAUUGAAAUGUUCCUUGUUUUGCUGGCGACUGGAAUACACUCAAAUAAAGACAUGACUCAAAUAAAGAAGAUCAAAAGGCCCAAGUUCGCUGUGCCCCAGAUCAACUGCGAUGUCAAAGCUGGAAAGAUAAUCAAUCUUGAGUUUGUUGUAAAAUGUCCGGCAGGAUGCCAAGACCCGAAAUACCACGUUUAUGGCACGGAUAUCUAUGCAUCCUACUCGAGCGUGUGUGGCGCCGCGAUUCACAGUGGCGUGCUUGAUAAUUCAGGAGGGAAAAUACUUGUCCGGAAAGUCGCUGGACAAUCUGGCUACAAAGGGAGUUACUCCAAUGGUGUGCAGUCAUUGUCGCUGCCACGCUGGAGAGAGUCCUUCAUUGUCUCAGAAAGUAAACCCCAAAAGGGUGUAACCUACCCAUCGGCUCUUACAUAUUCAUCAACGAAAAGCCCCCCUGCCAAAACAGGUGAGGCGACAAAAGCCUAUCAGAAGCCACCAGUCCCAGGAGCAACCGCACAGCCGGUCACCCUGAUGCAGGUAACGGGAGCCCCGGCCACCGAAGCCACCCACACCAGCCUGCCAAAGCCAUCCCCAUCCACAGGUUCUACCACCAGCAGCCUCAGACCACAGCCUGUGGGCCACAGGAGCUGGGAGCUGGAUCGCUGGUCCCCCAGCUCUCCCGCAAGCAGCCAGAACAGCGGCCACGCCAGUCCAGGGGAAAUGGACUUGUGGCAACCUGGAUCGGUCCUUUUAGAUGCAGGAUUUGUUCCAAAAGAAGAAUUAAGCACACAGUCUUUGGAUUCAGUAUCCCAGGGAGAUGCAAACUGCAAAGUUGACUUGUCAUUUUUAAUUGAUGGGAGCUCGAGCAUUGGCAAACGCCGAUUCCGAAUCCAAAAGCAGUUCCUGGCUGAUAUUGCCCAAGCUCUUGACAUUGGCCCUGGCGGUCCACUGAUGGGCGUUGUUCAGUAUGGAGACAACCCUGCUGCCCAAUUUAACCUCAGGACUCACAUGAAUUCCCGGGAUCUGAAGAUGGCCAUAGAGAAAAUCACCCAGAGAGGAGGACUUUCUAACGCAGGUCGGGCCAUCUCCUACGUGACCAAGAACUUCUUUUCCAAAGCUAAUGGGAACAGAGGCAGUGCUCCCAACGUGGCUGUGGUGAUUGUGGACGGCUGGCCCACGGACAAGGUGGAGGAGGCUUCGAGGUUCGCAAGAGAGUCAGGAAUCAACAUUUUCUUCAUCACCGUCGAAGGUGCCACUGAGAAUGAGAAGCAGUACAUGGCGGAGCCCAACUUCUCGAAUAAGGCGGUGUGCAGAACGAACGGCUUCUACUCGCUCAGUGUGCAGAGCUGGUUCAGCCUCCACAAGAUCGUGCAGCCCCUGCUGAAGCGGGUCUGUGACACUGACCGCCUGGCCUGCAGCAAGACCUGCUGGAACUCCGCCGACAUCGGCUUUCUCAUCGACGGCUCCAGCAGUGUGGGCACGAGCAACUUCCGCACAGUUCUCCAGUUUGUGGCCAACAUCACCAAAGCGUUUGAGAUUUCAGAAACAGACACGCGGAUCGGGGUUGUGCAGUACACCUACGAACAGCGCCUGGAAUUUGGGUUUGAAGAUUACACCACCAGCUCCGACGUCCUCAGUGCCAUCAGUAGGGUGGGCUACUGGAGCGGUGGGACCAGCACAGGGACCGCCAUAAACUACGCCCUGGAACAGCUCUUCAAGAAGUCCAAGCCCAACAAGAGGAAGUUAAUGAUCCUCAUCACUGAUGGGAGGUCCUACGACGACGUCCGAAUACCGGCCAUGGUUGCCCAUCACAAGGGAGUGAUCACCUAUGCGAUAGGCGUCGCAUGGGCUGCCCAGGACGAGCUGGAAGUCAUAGCCACUCACCCUGCCGAAGACCACGCCUUCUUUGUAGAUGAGUUUGACAGCCUGUACAGAAUUGUCCCCAGGGUCAUCCAGAACAUUUGCACAGAGUUCAACUCACAGCCUCGGAACUGAAUUCCGAGCAGGUGAAGCCCCAGCCCAUGCCGCUCUCCUGACUGGCUCUGGCACAGCCCCCGACGCUUUACGGGGCAGCAGGGUGCGUGGGGCUGGGCGCCCACACGCGCUCUUCCUAUCCUUCACCAGUGUGGUUCUGCAGACUUCAAAACUUGGAGUGAGAAAGAUGAUCGUAGGUUUAUAGAAUGAGGCAAAACGAUACAUCAUUUUGAGGGUUCUGGAGAUGUGCAUUUUGACGACUGUUUUCAAAAUAAAUGUUCAGACUAGAGUGCAGGACUUACGACAGGCUUAACUAGAGUUUUUGUGAAGUUUUUUUUUUUUCCUUUUUUAUUUCUAAUUAGGAUUCUGUAACCCUCAACAAAUUUCAUUUUUAUGACGACCAUACAGGAGUUGCUUAAUAAAUGUUUUAAAGGACGGCAUUCUGAGCGUGUCGUGGAGAGUGUUCACAGGCUGUGUGGCAGGACCACCCUCUGCUCUUCCUGUUCCCCGGGGCCACCUGCUCUGCACUCAGUCCUGGCCCACAGUAACAACACAGCCACCGGGUGCAGAGAAAAUGUGGCAGCGACAUGGCCACUCCUGAUUCACCUCCCUUUUCUCUAUUAUCUGAAUCACUGUGUACCUGCCUCCCCUAGCUUUAGGAGCAGUCUAGGAACGGCCCUGGAGGACCAAGGGGAUCUGGCCCCGAAUCCCUUGGGAGAGCACAAUGCUGGGCGGCAGGCCCCAUUCCAAUAGCUGUGGGAUCUGGGUCUGUGGGGCAGGAGCCCGAGCGGAGCCCCCUGGCAAUACCGCCGGGCUAGCACGGAUGGAGGUCCACGGAGCUACUUCGGACGGGUCGGUGUGAUAGGAGAGCCCCUCCUGUCAGGCCUGCUCUCCUGGGUCCCACCCAGCUUUAGCACUGGGCCGCAUUUGUCAUGUGUUCACCAGAUAUUAUCAUUAAUAGCUGCAUUAAAAUAAGCCGGGAUGGGGUUUAGUUGAGCUCUACUUUUUACUUCCAGCUUCUGCCAAGGAUUCAUCUAUUAGGAUAUGAAAUCUAUGUGUGCUGGGGGGGUGUUCAAAAGAAUCAUUAAUAAAGAUGACUUACUUGAGAAA